GCCACUAGUUGAUUGAUUACAUUGUUUUAGGGAUUGAUUUAAUAUUGAUUACAUUGUUUUAUACUCUCUAAUUUUUUAGGGAUUAAUUUAAUAUUGAUUACAUUGUUUUAUGUUGGGAUGAAGGAUUUUGGGUGGAGUUCGGAUAGUGAUGAUGUUCAGAUGGUAACGACUAGAAACUGUCCACAAGUUGUAAAUGAAACUGUUGAGGAUGAAACUGUGGAUAAUCAAUGUGAUGUGAAUUUGGGAGAUGGAUUGAAUAUGGGAGAUGGCGUGAAUUUGGGAGAUGGUGAUGGAGAUGGAGUGAAUAUGGGAGAUGGAGAUGGAGUCAAUGUCAUUUCCACUUCUAGUAGUGGACUUUUUGAACCGUUCAUUGGGAAUGAAUUUGAUGAAGUUGAGGAUGCCCAAGCAUUUUAUAAGGCUUAUGCAAGACGAAAAGGUUUUGCAAUUAGGACCAACCAUACACAAUUAUCGAGAGGAGACAAAAAAUUAAUUGGUGUGCACUAUGUUUGUACAAGGGAAGGAUUUAGGCGUGAAAGUCUCAAACAAAAAGAAAGACAAAUUCCCGAACCAGCUGAAACAAAAAUUGGGUGUAAAGCUACCAUGUGUAUAAAAAAAGAUGGUGAAAGGUGGGUAGUUUGCAAGUUUUACCCUCAACACAAUCAUGAGCUACUCACACCAAGAAGUACCAGUAUGCUACGUGGACAUAGAGGAGUCACACGCGUGCAAAAAAAUCUCAUUCAGACAUUGAAUGAGACUGGUGUACCAACAAGGAAGAUAAUGUCGGUGUUAAGCAAAGAAACAGGUGGUGAUUUUAAUAUUGGUUGUAUUGGAAAGGACGUCGAAAAUUAUUUGGGAAAUAAAAGAAAAAAAUUGUUUGAAGAGGGAGAUGCACAAAGGUUGUAUGCAUACUUUCUUGAGCGACAGUGUAAAGAACCUGGGUUUGUGUACUCAAUGCAGGUCGAUGAGAAUGGGUGUAUGGGAAGCUGUUUUUGGGCAGAUGCUAGAUCUAGAUCUGCAUAUCAAUAUUUCGGAGAUGUCGUCACAUUUGAUGCGACAUACCUCACAAAUGUUUAUAAGAUGCCAUUUGUGCCGUUCUCAGGAGUUAAUCAUCAUCACCAAACCAUAAUGUUUGGUUGUGCGUUGUUAGUGAAUGAGACAGCUGAAUCCUAUAUAUGGUUACUGAGAACAUGGCAAGAAGCAAUGCUUGGGCGUGCCCCUGCAACCAUUAUUACUGAUGAUGACAAAGCAAUGGCCAAAGCCAUUUCAGAGGUACUCCCAAAUACAACUCACCUGUUAUGCUUGUGGCAUAUUUUACAAAAAUUUCCAGAACAUUUGGCACAUGUCUAUCACAAAUUUCCAGACUUUCAAAAAGAGUUUCAUCAUUGUAUCCAUGAUACUAUAACAGCUGAUGAGUUCGAGGAGGAAUGGGUUUCAAUACUAGUGAAGUAUGAUCUAGUAGGUAAUGAUUGGCUCCAAAAUCUUUACAACCGAAGGGAGAAGUGGGUCCCGGCUUACUUGCGAACGACAUUUUGUGCCGGGAUGUCAACCACACAAAGGAGCGAGAGCAUGAAUAAAUUCUUCAAGGAUUAUGUGCGAUCAAGCACGAUAGUGAGUGACUUUGUGCAUCAGUACGAGAAAGCCUUAGAUGCACGUUAUUUUAAGGAAAAAGAGAAGGAUGUGAGAACAAAGUCGAGUUGGCCGGUUUUGAAAACAUGUUGGGAAAUUGAAGAAGAGGCAGCCAAAGUGUAUACAAGGAAGUCCUUCAAUAUCUUUCAAGACGAGCUAUUCAAUUGCCAACGAUACAAAGCAACAAAGGUUCAGCAAGAGGGUGAGAGUAAAAUGUAUGAGGUGGCACCUAAGGGCAAGGACAAACGUAUCUAUUAUGUGACUUUCAACUGUAAAGAAGCGAAGGCAAUAUGUAUAUGUCAUAUGUUUGAGUUUGGGGGAUAUUGGAAAUGUAAAUGACAACAUGUCACAAAGGGUGGAUCUUGAUGAAGAAGUAUGAGGAAAUGGCUAGUUCCGAUAAAUGCAUUGUUUCCAUGGGCUUAAUGUUGGAGAUGUUGAAUUUGGAGAUGUUGAAUUUAUGGGCUUAAUGUAUUUGGAGCCCAAGUAGCAUGAAUGAGUCGAUCUCAAACCUGAUCAAUAUUUAUAAAUUGAUUGUAUGCAUGAAUGAGUUUGAUAUGCAGUUUCUCUUACUGAUUCGGUCGAAAACUUUUGUAAUGGUUUUACUUCUAGAUAUAUUUUGGAAAGAUUUUACUGCAGUUAUGGAUUUGGAUUUCUUUCUUUUCUUUUAUAUACUUUGGUUUUGUAGUGAUUUGAGUUUGUAGCUUUCAGUAAUCGAUUUGUUUCUGUUUAUGUGAUGGCAACUUGCGUUGUAG